CCUAGAUCUUUCCAGUUAAUCACACAACAAACUUAGCUCAUCGUAAUAAAAAGCAGCUCGGUGCAGGCUGGCUCCUUUAGUAACUGCCUCUACACAGGAUCCUUUCAAGCAGGCAUCUCCUUCUGUGUGAUCUGCCAGCAAGACCAGCACCAUGUGGGUGACCCAACUUCUGCCAAUACUGGUGCUGCAUCAGGUUCUUCAACAUCUCCUUCUUCUUCCCAUCACCAUUUCCUUUGCAGAGGGCCAGAGGAAAAGAAAUACCCUACAUGAAUUCAAAAAGUCAGCAAAGACUACCCUAAUCAGACUAGACUCAUCACUGAAUAUUAAAACUAAGAGGCUGAACACGACGGACAAAUGUGCCAAGCGAUGUAUUAGGAAUAAAGGCCUUCCAUUCACUUGCAAGGCCUUUGCUUUUGACAAAGCAAAAAAACGAUGUCAUUGGUUCCCUUUCAAUAGCAUGUCAAAUGGAGUGAGAAAGAAGCAUGACCAUGAAUUUGAUCUGUAUGAAAACAAAGAUUACAUUAGAAACUGUAUCAUUGGUAAAGGGGGAAGCUACAAGGGAACUAUAUCUAUAACUAAGAGUGGUAUCAAAUGCCAACCAUGGAAUUCGAUGAUACCACAUGAACACGGCUUUUUGCCUUCGAGCUAUCGGGGGAAAGACCUACAGGAAAAUUACUGUCGAAAUCCUCGAGGGGAAGAAGGGGGACCUUGGUGUUUCACAAGCAAUCCAGAGGUACGCCAUGAAGUCUGUGACAUUCCUCAGUGUUCAGAAGUUGAAUGUAUGACUUGCAAUGGGGAAAGUUACCGAGGUCCCAUGGAUCAUACUGAAUCAGGCAAGAUAUGUCAGCGCUGGGAUCAUCAGACACCACACCGACACAAAUUCUUGCCAGAGAGAUAUCCUGACAAGGGCUUUGAUGAUAAUUAUUGCCGCAAUCCUGAUGGCAAGCCGAGGCCAUGGUGCUAUACUCUUGACCCUGACACCCCUUGGGAAUACUGUGCAAUUAAAACAUGUGCUCAUAGUACGAUGAAUAAUAGCGAUAUUCCUAUGGAAACGACCCACUGUGUCAGAGGUCAAGGAGAAGGUUAUCGAGGUACUGUGAACACAAUAUGGAAUGGAAUUCCGUGCCAACGCUGGGACUCCCAGUAUCCUCAUCAGCAUGAUAUAACUCCUGAGAACUUCAAAUGCAAAGACUUAAGAGAAAAUUACUGUCGAAAUCCAGAUGGGGCUGAAUCACCCUGGUGUUUUACAACAGAUCCAAAUAUUAGAAUUGGUUAUUGUUCCCAGAUUCCAAAAUGUGAUGUUUCAAGUCAACAAGACUGUUAUCGUGGAAAUGGCAAAAAUUAUAUGGGAAGUUUAUCCAAAACAAGAUCUGGGCUGAUUUGUUCCAUGUGGGACAAGAAUAUGGAAGACUUACACCGGCAUACUUUCUGGGAACCAGAUGCUAGUAAACUGAAUAAGAAUUACUGCCGUAAUCCUGAUGAUGAUGCCCAUGGGCCCUGGUGUUACACAGGCAAUCCUCUAGUUCCUUGGGAUUACUGCCCAAUAUCUCGCUGUGAAGGUGAUACUACACCUACAAUAGUCAAUUUAGACCAUCCUGUCAUUUCCUGUGCAAAAACAAAACAGUUACGAGUAGUAAAUGGAAUCCCAACACAAACAAAUGUGGGAUGGAUGGUUAGUUUGAAAUACAGAAAUAGGCAUAUCUGUGGAGGUUCAUUAAUAAAAGAAAGUUGGGUUUUAACCGCAAGACAAUGUUUCCCUUCUCGAACUAAAGAUUUGAAGGACUAUGAAGCUUGGCUUGGAAUUCAUGAUGUUCAUGGAAGGGGAGAAGAGAAACACAAACAAGUUCGAAAUAUCUCUCAAUUAGUAUAUGGACCUGAAGGAUCAGACUUGGUUUUACUAAAGCUUGCAAGACCUGCAGUACUGGAUGACUUUGUUAGUACAAUUGAUUUACCUAAUUAUGGCUGCACAAUUCCUGAAAAGACUACUUGUAGUGUAUAUGGAUGGGGAUACACUGGAUUAAUCAACUUUGAUGGUCUCCUUCGUGUAGCACACUUGUUUAUCAUGGGAAAUGAGAAAUGUAGUCAAUAUCAUCAAGGGAAGAUCACAAUGAAUGAGUCUGAAAUCUGUGCUGGGACUGAAAAAAUAGGAACAGGACCGUGUGAGGGAGAUUAUGGUGGCCCACUGGUUUGUGAACAGCAUAAAAUGAGAAUGGUCAUUGGUGUUAUUGUACCUGGUCGUGGCUGUGCCAUUCCAAACCGCCCUGGGAUUUUUGUUCGAGUAGCUUAUUAUGCAAAGUGGAUUCACAAAAUCAUAUUGACAUACAAGGUACCUCAGUCAUAGCUGAAAUAAGUGCGGCUGGAGCCUCCAACCACUGUAGCUCCUCUUACAGAGCGCAUGAAACUAAAAUGUCACAUAUAAAAAUCCUAAAAAAAAAACAAAACACAAAACACCCUACUUGACUGUCAAGUUUAUUAAGAUACUCAUUGAUAUUUAUGAGUGUUUUCUGUCAUUCUCUCCGUCAGUGUUAUUUUGUAAAUGUUGAAGUGAAUUAAGGUAUGUGCAAGUAUAGUAACAUAUCUCCUGAAGAUACUUGAAUGGGUAAAAAAAUUACAAAGUUAUUAUUGCUAGAUGAUAAAAGAUUUUUAAGGAAACAGAUCAAUUAAAUUCCCUAUGCCACUUUCCAAGUUUAGUACCUUAAUAAUAAACCACAAUUUAAAAAUAAUAUUAUGUCAAACUCAUCACCACUAUAUAUUAUCUUCAUCCUUAAAGAGUUACUUUUAAUUAAAUUACAUUCCAUUAUAUCAUUUAAGAUAACCAUUCUCAUUGUUUUCGUUCCAUACCCUCUAACACCUUUAUGUGUGCCUGCUCAUGCUCACGCACAGGCACACACAUGCACACACACACAGAGUCAUGGCAUGUGUUUCAUGGUCAUCACCAUUUUGGAACCAUGUAAUUCUGGUCUCUUGUCAGGCAGUAAAGCAGUUUCUCAAGGCUAGAGAAGAAGGAUACAGAAGAGUAACAGAAAUAAAAGAAAUUAACUUAGUUUUUGUUCAAAUAUGCAGUAUGUUAGCACUACUAAAAGUUGAUUGGCAUCUCUGCAAUCAUAACCUACUGAAGACUAAGAAGUCCUAUUCUAGGUAUUUGCCAACUCUUAGCAUGUUAGGUGCUUUGUUGGUGGUUUCAUAGAAUAGAUAUCCAUAUAAUCUGUCCCCACUUAAUUCAAGUCCAUUUAUUUAUGCAAGUUACUUAUAUCUCUCUACCUAAAGAAUCUUUUGGAUUCCAUGUAGAUACAUAAAUUAAGAGGAAAAAGUUUAUUUCUUUCACAAAAGAUGCUCUAAAUAAAUUAUUCCUUUUCUUAUAUUUAAACAAUAAAACAGGUCAAUUCUUUUAAAAACUCAUGGUGCCAAAAGAGUACCAAGACUACCUUAAGAACAGUUAUUGAAAUAAUUUGAUUGGUAUUGGAAAAUAUUUUAAUCAUGUAGCUCAAUUCUAUAAGUAGCCCCUCAAUGUGGACUUAUUAAAAUUGGAUGGAAAAUCCUUCUCCUGAUCCAAUAUGUUUCAGGGGAUAAAAUCAUGUAUUUCGAGGCAGAAGACCUUGGUUCAAAUUUGUUUUUGCCAUUUAUAAUAUGUAUUAAUGGUGGCCCUCUUAAUCUCUCUCUGGGUUCCAGUGCAUGAUAAGUAAAAUAAUGGAGUUGGAUAAGCUGACCUUUUUAUUCCUCCUAGCUCUAAGACUAUGAUCCCAUAAAGGAAAAUUUAUUUAGAGGAGGAAAGAACAAAAUUAUACAGGAAGCCAUCUUUAAUGAUGAAAUGGAAUCAUUCUAGUAUGGCAUUGCAUCAAGUUCACCGUGAACUGAUCUGUUCAAAAGCUACAAGAUAUUUUUGAUGAAAUUUUUUUACUUAGUUUUUAAUAAAGAAGACCAACAAGGUCUUUUGACUUGGCUCUUCAUGUAUAGAUUUUGUUUGGAAACACACUGUCUGAAUUCUGUCUUACUGAUUGCAGUCCAUUAUGAUAAUGAGUAAUGUGGCAAAUUUCUCACAAACAUACAAAUAAUCCUUCAGAAUUUGAGAUCAUUGGGAGCUAUAGUUAUUUACUCAUUUGGUACUGGCAGGAUACAGUCCCUAUGAAAUUUUAUUGCUCUCUAUCUCUGUGUCUUUCUCUAUGCUUGUGUCUGUCUGUAUUUCUUUCCCUCUGUCUCUGACUUUGUGUCUGUCUCUGUCUGUCUUAAAACCCAGAACCACAACUAGGUCCUAGACAGCUUUCACACUGUUUAAUCUUUAACAUAACCCUCUUUGAAACUACAUUGAAGUGUUUGGGAUAGGACCCAGUAAAAAAGAAUGAAAACCUGGUUGUGAGAUAACCCAUUCAAUGAAGGAUGCUAGAACUGAGAGAGAUGUGUUGAGAUCCUUCAAGAACAGAAUCAGCAGGCUUAGAGCUUGCAGGGAGUUAAGCAAGUAAGAUGAAUCCAUCCCAAAUCUCUUGGUUUCAUUCACUUUUGCUGAUCACCAUUUUAGCCAGGCAAAAUGUAGUAUGUUGGAAAGCAGACAUAUAUGUUCAAAUGCUUAUCCUUAAGAUAGUCAUGGUCUUGGUAUCAUUGUUUGUAGCUCACAUAUAAAAGACUAUUUUUAAAAAGUUUUACACAAUGCCUAGAUACUUCAAAAAAACUUUUCCCUGUAUCUUUGAAAAACAAACACUUCACUGUCAGUUAUACAUUCCCAUGAAUGGGAAAAUGAAUAGAUAGGUAAAGUAGAUGUACCUAGACACAUAAGACAUAACUCUAUCCCUUUAAAAAUAUGUAUUCUUUAUUCUCAAAAACUGACCCCUCCUCAAAAACAUUGGCGUAAUACCUUGGUCUAAUUCUUAGAAAACUUACAUUUGUUUUGAAGUGAACUCUGGAAGGUAUAAUAAUAAUUUAAAGAAAGAGAGAGAGAGAGAGAGAGAGUAAGGACAAGAGACCAAGUCACUUUUCACUAGUAUGAUAAUGUGUAAUCACAUUGAUAGUUUUUGGUAAAAUACAUAAAAAUUUAUUUUUUGAUUAAUGUUCUUUAUCUUGAAUAAAGUAUAACACUAAUAAAAUUUAUAUAUCUUCCUUGCAACUCUAAGAUAUUUUUUGGGGAAAAAAAGGAAAUAACAAGUUAAUUAGGAUGAAACAUUAUUUUGAGCUAUCAAGAGAAAGGCUUCUUAGAUUAAAAGAUCACAAUUGUUUUCUGUUUUGACAAUUUUAAAAAUGGAUAUUUCCUAACUGAUGCAUUUGUAAGUACUCUGUUCUACUAAGAAUAAUGUUAAAAAACCUAAAAUAUGUUAUUAUCCUUCUGCUGGGCAGAAGGCAUACGACCUUUUUAUAUACUUUUAUUGGGGGGAAGUGUUAUUAUAUGAUGUGUAGGGAUUUUUUUUUACCUGUUUUCUGUGGCAGUGCCUCAGUAAAAUGGUUUAUAUGGAGUCAAAUCUCUAUAACAGGCUAGGGCUUGCUAUCCAAGUGUUCAAGUGAUUUCAAGAUAUAAGGAGGAACAUGAGACACUGGAGGGCAAGAAAAGAGAAGAAUAAUGAUGUGAUAGUAAAGUUAUAUUUCACUUAUUCCUGUGAAUAUUUCUGGUUGGUACCAAUGGUACUGUACAAAGUGAAUGUUAUAGCCACAGCUUUUUCUUUAAAAGGAAUACUGUCAAGAAAUGAAAACACUUUAUUUGUUCAAAAGUAGGUUUGCAUCCAGUAUUUCCCUGAUUUUUCUGUGCAAUUUGCUUUUAGAGAAGAAUCAUUAUAUUCAUGAUGAAGAAAUGAUGUGUCAAAGAGAAUAUAGGACACUACAUUAAUAUACACCCUAAUGACAGGAUGAAUCCAAAACCCCAUCAUAGGUCUCUGUAGUUUUUGAAGGUAGCCAUUUUGAAGACAAAUUAUUCAGUAUAUUUUGUAAAUAAACUUAUUUGAGAGAAGGGGAGUUUCAUGUCAAAGAAACAACUCUUGUGCCUUUGUAUGUAUUUUUUCAUGAGAGAGUUCAAAACCAAAGUUAAUUUUCAAUCUUUAAAAAUAACUAUAACCCUUAGAAUUUCAAAAAGGAAAUGUAAGCCAUGAGAAACCUUUUGAACCCUAAAGUCUUGACAGUGUGCCUUUUAAAUAGGCUUAUUUCCAUUUGCACAGAAUGUGUUUGUCUUUGAGAACCCAUAAGUGGAAUACUGUGGAUGUUAUGACCAUUUGUCUUGCAUGUAAAUAGGAAAAUAAUAAUGCUGCCUGUUGAAUGGGUAUAGCUGGAAGCUUACCCAAACAAGGGAACACUGUGGUUAUGACUUGUAUUAUAAAUUUUCUGUAAUUAAUGACAUCAUUAUUAGUUAAUAAAGUUAUUUUUGUAACCUUGUUUAUUAUAUUGUUAUAAUUAAUAAUAAAAUAUUUUACCUAGA